UUCGAAUAUUCACACUCAACACUAUUCACUAAUGAUAAACAAUAUUUUAUACCAAGAGGGUUCUAACUUUUGCGAAAACAAGCGAAGGCUCAGCUUGGAUGGAGAAUGGAAUUUUUGGCAUUGAGCAAUUAAAGAAAAAAUUAUAAUUUUCACCAUAUAAAAGGAGUUGCCCUUUAGCUUUUGCAUUCCAGCAGUAUAAACUAAUGCAGAUAACUGAACUGCUUCUUUUACACUAGAAUGCCCAGGACUGUCAUCAGAGUUUUCACAGUGAAAAGCUCUGUAAAUAAUUACAUCAGUUCAUCUAUGCAAGAGGUGUGGCUCAGCUUUGAAAUAUACAUAAAAGCAGUAGGUGGGAAACAGCAUAUAAAUGCCAACAUCUCUACGGAACACAGCUUUAGCAGGAACGACAGGUUCUACUAAAUAAGCAUUCAAGGCUGGCUGCUUUUGAGUUAAUGGGCAUCAGAAAUGCGAAGACUGCAACAAAAAUUAAUUCUUCUUAUUGUCUCCUCUGCCCUUUGUGUCUUCUACUUUCAUAAUAAAUGGAGACAACAUCACAUUCUCCCCGGAUCCCUAUACAAUAAUGAUAACAUGGCAUCUAUGGCGAUGUUCUCAUGGCUGAGCUGGGACAGUGGUGAAUCACAGAACAAACAAGUUGUGACUCGAUAUUCAUACUUGGAUUCUCAAGAGCGGAGGAAGGCUAACAUCAGAUUGGUCUGUGAGCGGGAGGAUCUGAUCAACUCUUCGUUUGUGCUGGACCUUAAAGUAGCUGCUCAGUUAUAUGUGGAACACAGCCAUAAAUUUAUAUAUUGUGAGGUGCCUAAGGUUGGCUGCUCUAACUGGAAGAGAAUAAUUCUAUUAUUGAAUGAAUCUUUUGACCUCAGUGCAGAUGAACUCAAACAUUACCAGGUACAUGCCUCACAACAACUCAUCAAGUUAAGCUCAUAUCCUCCGUCUCUUCAGAAAGAGCUUCUAGCAAAUUAUACUAAAGUGAUGUUCACUCGAGAUCCCAUAGAGAGAGUUGUUUCUGCCUUUCGAGACAAGUUUCUUCAUGAGGAUGAUGUUUACUACAGUAAAACCUUUGCAAAUAUCAUCAGACGAGCACUUAAUAUUCAUUCCGAGACAAACAUUACUUUUGAACAAUUUGCUCAAUUUAUCAUUAGGGAAAAUCCAUCCUAUAGAGACACUCACUGGAGGCCUAUGUAUCAGCUUUGUGAUCCGUGCAAUAUCCAAUAUGAUUUUAUUGGCAAAUUUGAAACUUUAGCACAGGAUGCAGAUUUUGUCCUAAAAACCAUAGGGGCCCCCGAAAAUCUGAAAUACCCCACAAUAAAACAUCAUUCUAAUGAAUCCCGUACAGGUGAUGACACAACUAUAAGUUACUUGGAAAUGCUUUCUCCUAUUCUGUUUAGGAAAUUUAUGAACAUUUACAGUCUUGACUUCUCUAUGUUUGAAUACAGUUAUUAUAGUAGUUCUGUUUCAAAACUCCCUAAAACAGCUUAAAGCGUAACUCCAAUGUUUUUAUGACAAAUUAUAGUCACAUGACAGCACCGUGCAUGACUUUUUCUAAAUGAUUUUCAUUUUUAAUUUGGUGCCUAAAUGCCUCAACUGAGGCGCCAUUUUCCUUGCUGCUUGUAAAAUCCAGCAUGAGAACCAGCAUAAGAUGAUUCUAUGGCCCUGGGUCUUGUGCUGGAGACUGAUUUUGCUAUGAACUGAAGAAAACAGCAUCUCAGUUAGGCAAUUAUGCGCCGGAUUAAAAAUGAAGAUCAUUUUUAAAAACAACUUUUGGUGCUGUACGAAAGCUGUUUAUCAUAAAGACAUUGGAGUUACGCUUUAAAUCUAACAAUAGCAUCUCUUAUGGAAGUUGAUGUACCGCCUCAAUUUUUCUGCAUCAAAUUUGCGGACCUAAUGAAACCUAUUUCCAACUGGCCUACACCUGGAUAAGAAGACAAUUAGGGACAUUUAUCAAUGUUUGCUUAUGUAUUCCUUUUUUUUAGUACUUUUUUCUUUCCUUUUUUUUUUGCUUAUGUGUGACUUAUUUAUCAACUGGUUUCAGCCUGUUGAUAAUUUUCUUUCACGUAAGCAAUUUCUUCUUUUUUACUUUGGUAGUAGCUUUUUCUGCUCCAUGUUUGAGCUGGAGUAAAUUUAGUCAAUUUUUAACCUUGUUUGCGCAGUUGCGACUGUCGAAGUUAAUAAGUACCUGACUACACGUAGUCCAUUUUAAAAUUAUUACUUCGUAGUUAAGUUUUUGAAAACUUGCUUUUCUCGCUUUCCAGUCAAAAUGUCGCACGAAAAAUCACGUAGUCGCAGGUGCAACAUUUUUGCGACAUUUUUAGUAAAGAAAAAUUUACUAAAUCGCUUGAUAAAUGCCUGUCAAUGUGAUUAUCUAAAAUGUAUUGCAAUAUUGUGUUCUUGCUCUGCACACUUCAUUGUCAGAAUAAGUUGAUAUUAAAGGGGUUCUCCGGUGCUUACACAUCUUAUCCC